AUGGAGUGGAUACAAGCUGCAUUGGAUGCCUCGGAAGAAUCUGAAGAAAUUGAAGAUAAUGAAACUUUUGAUGGUGCUAACGAUAUACCAGAAAAGUUUGACGAAAAAAAAUUCAAAGAAAAUACAGACCUUUUAAAAUUCGGAAGAGAACAUUUACAAAGAAUAAAAAAUAACAAAAUCUACAAUAACCCAUCCAAUCACAGUAGAAAUGAUAACAAACAAUCUUCUGUACAUAUAAGUCAGGAAAUUUUUACUUUACAAACAACCCGCCAAAUUAAAAGGCCUGGAGUAGAUAUUGAUUUUAAAAAAGACUAUAUUAAGUCUGAAAAGGAACCACCAAAACCCCCUCAAAUAAACGACACUGCUCUCCAAGUUGAUCAGACAUUUAAUGAUAAUUUACUUAAACAUGCGCCUAAGGGAAAAGAGUGGAAGGGUUAUGAAAAAUGUACUGCCCAUAUAUAUGGAGAAAAUAUAUCAGGCAAUAACACAAUGCCGACAUGUCAAAAUUUGGGGCAUUUUAAAGAGGAGUUUAGAACUAUCAACUUCAAUAUUCCAGCACAAACAUUCACUACUUCUGAUGGAGAUGUUUUACAAAGUAAUCAAAUCAGAAGGACCCAGAAGAGAAAACAUCAGGUGA